AUGGAGAUUUAUCUUCAGGCUCAAGGUACCAGAGUCUAUCGUACUGUUCUCACUGGGUGGAGUCCUCCAACAGUGCAGAAUGCUGAUGGAACUGCUGAAGCCAAACCUAUUGAGACAUGGACUGGAGAAGAGAUGACAUCUUCUGAUCUGAAUAAUAAUGCUCUAAAUUCUAUUGUUGGAUCUCUGCAUGAAUCAGUCUUUACCCUUGUCACCGGAAUAAAAGAAGCAAAACGUGUAUGCGACACUCUUGAAACUAGAUACGAAGGUACCAGUGAUGUCAAGCAGUCAAAACUUCAGUUGGUAUUAUCAGAAUUUGAAUCUCUCAGGAUGGGUGAAGAGGAAACAAUAUCAAUCUUUCACAGUCGGGUUCAAAGUUUGAUGAACCGAGCCUCUGUACUUGGCGAACCUUUUACUGAUGAAAGAGUGGUCAAAAAGAUCCUUCGAUCUUUAUCAAAACGUUUUCGAAUGAAGGUGACCGCAAUUCAGGAACACUCAGGCUGGGAGAAAAAGAGUGUGGGGGAACUUAUGGGAAGCUUACACACUUAUGAACUUGAAGUACUAGCGGAUGAUGAACCUGUGACCAGUAGGAAAGGCAAGUCAGUAGCUUUUGUUGCCGAAGCUGAUCGAGAAUCUGACACAGACGAUGUUGAUGACGAAUCCUUGGCUCUUCUAACGAAGAACUUUAAAAAAAUUCUAAAAGGUUUCAACCGCAGUAGUCAAGGACAACCCAACAGGACACAGUACAAAAGUGGAACCUCCUCAUAUCAGAAAACAGAAACGCCCUCCUUCUCACAGAACAAUCAGCCUCAAAGUGGCCGAACAAGACAAAUCAGAAGUAAUCUGACUGACACUGCUAGACCUCUAAACAUAUCAAUGCAAUGUCGAGAGUGUGAAGGUUUUGGACAUAUUCAAUCUGAAUGUUCAACUUAUCUCAAAAGGAAGAAAGCUAUGCCGAUGGCUACCCUUAGUGAUGAUGAAGAAGAAACAGUUAACAAGAGUCUGAAUGACGAUCUGAAGCAACGAGAUGAUCAACUGAAGAAACUAUCUACUGAACUUUUCCUAAAAGAAGAUCUCAUCACUCAGAUAAGGUCACGAGAUGGAAAAUUGAUAAAGGAACUGGAGAAUAUAAAGAAGAAGAUCAAGAUGAUGGAUACCACCUCUACCUUAGAUAAAAUUCUAGAUUCUGGUCGAAAUCCCAAUGAUAAGAAGGGACUUGUUUUUGAACGAGGAGAGUCCUCAAAGAAAGCACCUAUGUUUGUAAGAGAAGGAACUUUAGUUGAUAGGUCCUUUCAUGAUCAAAGUCAAUCAUCACAGAUAAAACAGAAAGGGAUCAUACACACUGGAAUUACUGAAUAUCAGUCUGACAGAUUCAAAGUACAAUCCCAGUACUCAAGGUUCAAGACCAAGCCUAGGAAGGGUAAAUAUCAGAACAAGUCCAUUACCCCUUUUGUGAGACAAGUUUGGGUAAGGAAAUCAGAGGUAAUCUGCUACCCCACAAUCGUUCUGCCCGCCUCUAUGACCGCAACAAGAUGGUAUUUCGACAAUGGUUGUUCCAGACAUAUGACUGGGAAUGUCAAGUGUCUUAUGUCUAUUCAUCCUAGUAGUGGAUCGGUUACGUAUGGAGACGGACAAAAAGGAAAGAUUGUUGGAAACGGUACCCUAAAUGUUCCAGGUUUACCACAUCUGGAUGAGGUUCUCUUAGUCCGUGGUCUGAAAGCAAAUCUCAUUAGCAUCAGUCAGCUAUGUGAUCAAAACUGGAACGUGUGCUUUAAUCGAGACUGCUGCAGAGUCAGUGAUAAAGCAGACCAAGUGGUAAUGGAAGGAACACGAUCUUCUGACAAUUGUUAUGUUCUGACCAAUAAAACAGCUUGUCUGAUAUAA